CAUAUUAUUGUCCUUGUCAUUUCUUUUAGCGAUAUUUUUCUUCCCUUCUUCCUCAUCUUCUAGAUAUGCAACAUUAGUACAAAUUACUGCAGAAACCAAAGUAGACCAACUGGUCGAUUUACUGAAACAUGAAAGUUCUAUAUAGUCAUCUAUAUUCCUUCGAUCUAUUCCUAUUAUAUUUUUCUUUCGUAUUUUAAUUCCUUCUUUUUUUAGACAUCCCACAUGGUAACACCAGGUGUUUGCUAUAAUGGAUGUUGUCGAUCUCAGCCCUGCAUGAACGGAGGGACAUGCGUAGAACGUUGUCAUUCUCCACUAGAAAAAUUCACUUGCGAAUGUCAGAACAGAUACACUGGGCGAGUGUGCGAGAAACGCAUUACAGAGUGCUUUGAUAUUCGCAAGUACGCUUCUCCAAGUUAUGUAGAAAGAAGUAAAAUAUUUGUCUUAGCUCGCAGUGAUAAUGGUCAAGAGAUUUCUGUAUAUUGCAGCAUUUUCGCUAACAGCUCAUGGACAUUAGUUGAAUCAUUUGCAUUUGUAAAUAAUUUGCACUACCGCAGCAAAGCUUUCUUUGAUGAAGCGUCACAAACUCCCACAGCUCCAAACUGGUCGCACUACAGACUCUCCUUGGAAAUGAUGAAAUACUUGAGGUCAAAAACAACCAUCUUUUCAGCUACAUGCAGCUUUGAGAGAAAAAACAAUCGAAUAAGACCAGACUUUGUAUUGGCGACCUUCAGCGAAUUUGAUCCGAUGAAACAAGGAACAACAUUAGGGAGCUGUUUCAAAGCUCUUGUUUUGAACAUUAGAGGUCAUGAAUUUACAAAUCAAAAAAUCCCAAUAUGGCAACAAAGAAACAGGUACCAUCCCCAUAUAGACGGCAGUUCUGGAUACUGUGGCUUUCCAUUAGUACCGGGUUCAGUAGGCAGUGAAGACAGUUUUGGAUAUUAUCGUAGUGGUGUCAACAGAGCCUCAACAUGUGUGAACAACGACAGUGCGACUACCAACUGGUGGUUUGGAAAUUCCUUUGAAUUUAUGUCUUUGUAGGCAUUCCAGGAAGGGAUUUAUAGUGAACAACGACAGUGCGACCGCUACCAACUGGUGGUUUGGAAAUUCCUUUGAAUUUAUGUCUUUGUAGACAUUCCAGGAAGGGAUUUAUAGUUUCUCCGAUCUUCCUCUCUUCUUCAUAUAUAUGAUUACCUAUACAACUGGAGUGUUUUUGAAUUCACCACUACGGUGAAUAUGGUCUCUUCUCAUGUAAUCUUUUAUUACCUCCUCUCCGCGGAUAAAAUCUGGAUUCCACUCUGACAAUAGUUUGGGAUUCUUUCCAAUGCUUUUAUAGAGAAAAAAGCGAAUGAUCCUCUGUUUGUUUGUUUAGUUUUACGCGAUACAACUACAAUCCAUUGGUUUGGAUAUUAAGCACUUUGGCACAUAUGGAAGCUCUACCACUAGAGCGGAUUUCGUAUGAGUGGGAAACGGACGGUACUG